CGUUAAUGAUUAUUACAUAUUGUUACUUGUGGGCGUGGUUUAAAAUGGCGGCUGUUAGAGCUCUCCUCACUCGGAGCCUAAAAAUACCAAGGACACUGAAAAGGAAUCCUUUUCAUUCUUCAGCCGCUAAACAGAACAAUACAGCUAAAGUAUCUCGUAAAGGCCAAUACCAAAUCAUUGAUCAUACUUAUGAUGCUAUUGUGGUUGGGGCAGGAGGGGCGGGGCUUAGAGCGGCCUUUGGUCUCUCCUCACAAGGUUUCAAGACGGCCUGCAUCACUAAACUGUUCCCUACUCGCUCGCACACUGUUGCUGCUCAAGGUGGCAUCAAUGCCGCCUUAGGUCACAUGGAAGAAGACAAUUGGAAGUGGCAUAUGUACGAUACAGUGAAAGGAUCCGACUGGUUGGGGGAUCAAGACGCCAUUCACUACAUGACAGAAGAGGCACCAAGGACAGUCAUUGAAUUGGAGAAUUACGGUAUGCCCUUUAGUAGACUUGAAGAUGGUCGUAUUUAUCAAAGAGCCUUUGGAGGAGGUAGCCUGAACUAUGGUAAAGGAGGGCAGGCUCACCGCUGCUGCUGUGUGGCUGAUAGAACUGGCCACUCACUCCUCCACACUUUAUACGGACAAUCGCUGCGUUUCAAUACUGAGUACUUCAUUGAGUAUUUUGCUCUUGAUCUGAUAAUGGAGGAAGGAGAGUGCAGGGGAGUGGUAGCUAUGAAUAUGGAGGACGGAUCUAUCCAUCGUUUCAAAGCACUUAACACUGUUCUGGCCACUGGUGGUUAUGGUAGAGUGUAUUUCUCCUGUACUUCAGCUCAUACUUGUACUGGAGAUGGAACUGCAAUGAUCACUAGAGCUGGUCUGGCCAAUGAAGACAUGGAGUUUGUACAGUUUCAUCCAACAGGUAUUUAUGGUGCUGGUUGUCUCAUUACGGAGGGUAGCAGAGGGGAGGGCGGGUACCUAUUGAACAGUGAGGGUGAGAGGUUUAUGGAGAGAUAUGCCCCGUCAGCAAAAGACCUUGCGUCUAGAGACGUCGUGUCUCGUUCUAUAACUAUUGAAAUUAGGGAAGGAAGAGGGUGUGGCCCUGAUAAAGAUCACGUAUAUUUGCAACUGUCACAUCUUCCACCAGAAGUUUUAGCCUCUCGUCUCCCCGGUAUCUCAGAAACUGCUCAAAUAUUUGCUGGAGUUGACAUCACGAGGGAACCAAUUCCCGUCCUUCCCACUGUUCAUUACAAUAUGGGUGGAGUCCCCACUAAUUACAAGGGACAGGUUAUACAGUAUGAUGAGUCCAAGGGCGGGGAUUACAUCAUACCUGGUCUCUAUUCAGCUGGAGAGGCGGCCUGUGCUUCAGUUCAUGGAGCCAAUAGAUUGGGGGCUAAUUCACUCCUGGAUAUUGUAGUGUUUGGGCGAGCAGCUGCUCUUACUAUCGCUGAAGAAUGUACACCUGGUCAGACUGUCCCUAAUAUUAGCGAGAGCACUGGUGAGUCCUCCAUUGAUAAUAUUGAUACUCUCCUUCACAAUGAGACCGCUACCAUUCCUACUUCAGAGCUUAGACUCAACAUGCAAAAGGUAAUGCAGAAUAAUGCAGCUGUAUUUCGGACUGGCCCAGUACUGGAGGAAGGUAUUGAGAAGCUCACCUCUCUUGCUGGCGACAUGAGGAAUGUGAAGGUUCAUGAUAAAGGACUGGUUUGGAACACUGAUCUUGUAGAGACGCUGGAGCUACAGAACCUGAUGCUUAAUGGACUCCAAACUGUAGCAUCUGCUGAAGCAAGGAAAGAGACCAGGGGAGCUCACGCUAGAGAAGACUUCAAAGAUCGUGUGGAUGAAUAUGAUUACAAGUUACCACUGGAGGGGCAGGACAAACUUGAUGUCAAGGAUCACUGGCGCAAGCACACCCUUUCUUCAAUGCCUUCUGACUCUGAAGUAAAGCUGGACUAUCGGCCAGUAAUUGAUGAGACUUUGAAUGAAAAUGAUUGUCCAAGUGUUCCCCCAACCAUAAGAGUUUAUUAAAGACAUACAUCUCUCUCUCUCUUUCUUUCUUUUUAUGUGAUCUCAUUUCUCAGUAGUAUAGUGGCUUUAGUAAUAUAAGGUUUUGUGUCUCUAUAGUUACCGUUUCUAUGGCAAUA